CCCUGUCCAGAUAAGAUUGGACACCCCUGACAUAGAGCAAAUCUUGUCAUUGAUUGUCCUUAAUGAAGUCAGAAACUAAUAAAGACCUGAAUGUGUCUGGACUCGAAAUGGAUGAGGCAGAAAAGUACCAGCAGAGGCUGCAGGCCAUUGCAGAGAAGAGGCAGUUGCAGGAAGAGGAAGAGAAAGUCAGGAGGGAGAUGGAAGAAGAGUGGCUGAAACUUGCUCACCACAAGAGGAAGUCUCUGAGAGAGCAGUGGCUGAUGGAAGUGACCCCCAGUAGUGCUGCGGAUCCGAAACUGCAGUCUGUGAUUCCCACUCCUCAGACAACAGAGCAGAGUGCAGAAGAAACACAAAGCUCAGAGAGACAAAUGAAGAAAGACGUGGAAAAAACCAAGAACAUAAAUGAAGAAUCUACACAAAUUGGGAAGAAUGAGCUUUCAAUCCAUUCUGCAGACAAAAUAGAGAAGCCAGCACAGACAUAUCUGGGAGAGGAGGACGGAAACGGCACAGAAGGUGAAAAGAGAGAGAGAGACCGCCAAGUGAGAAAGACAUGUAUGAACACACUGUACUGAGUGGGUAAGCGUGAGUGCAUAUAGGCUUAUUGAAAACAGAUGUAUAUAUGGAUCUGUGUGGAAAGGAAAAACAUAAUGAAUAAAGUAAUACUGUAAACGGGUUGUGAAAGCUUAGGGAUGGUGAAAGAGAGUGGGAAGGCUUAUAGGGAUUAUCUGUUUUCCCACAUGAACUGGUAAACCCAUGCUAGAGGGCAGAUGGGGACAAACUCUAGUGUAACUGCUUUACCAGUGUGGAAGGCUGGGGAAAACAUUCUCAUCUACAGCAGAAUAUGUGCCGCUGGGUUAGAAAACAAUGUAUUAAAGGAUAACUUUUUUUGGAGUCUGUUCAUUUUGUGUUGGUUAAAUUAGUAGUUUUUGUGAAGAUGCUGAGAUUCAGAUGUUAUUCAAAAAAAGUAUCCAAAUCAUCAAUAGCUUUAAAAUCUGUAAUUUAGCAGGUAAAGCAUACCUUCUUAGUGUCCACAUUCCUCCUUAAUGUACUGAUGAGUUCCAUCCAUUUUUCCAUACUGCUUAUUGUGGCUCAGGUGGUAGGGCAAGUUGUCCACUAAUCAUAGGGUUGGUGGUUCGAUUCCCAGCCCACAUGACUCCACAAACCAAAGUGUCCAUGGGCAAGACACUGAACCCUAAGUUGCUCACGAUGGCAAUUUAGCGCCUUGCAUGGCAGUUCUGUUACCAUUGGUGUGUGAAUGAGACACAGUGUAAAGUGCUUUGGAUAAAAGUGCUAUGUAAGUUCAGACCAUUUACCUACAUCCUACACAGGAUUGCGGGAAGCCUGGAGCCUAUGCCAGGGAACUGGCGGACACCCUGGGCAGGGUGCCAACCCAUCACAGGGCACAAUUGCACACACAUUCACACACUAUGAACAAUUUGAACAAUGGAAUAUGGACAGUGGAAAGCCAAUCAGCUUACAACACGUGUCUUUAGACUGAGGGAGGAAACCCCCAAAGCACAGGGAAAACAUGCAAACUCCACGGCACACAGGGUGGAGGCGGGAUUUGAGCCUCAUCCCUGGAGGUGUGAGGCAAAUGUGCUAACCAUUAAGCCACUGUGCCCCCGUACUGAUGAAUUAUUAACAUAUAUAAUUGAGGUCAUACAGUUUUAAUUUAGCAAUUUUUCAGUUAAACUUUAUCUGUAUAGCACUAUAACAAUACAUAUUGCCACAAAGCAGCUUUACAGAAAUAAUACACGCUGUUACAUCACUUGCUACUGGAUCCACUGUGGUUAAGUAUCUAAGAAUAAUAAUGUGGUUGAACAUGAGGUAAGCAAGUAUUAUCACAGUUAAUAAACACAGACACACACACACACUUAAAUAACUUGCUCUCACAUCAGUACAGAUUUGGUAACUAAUGGACAGGUCAUAAAUUGUUAUUAUUUUGCUUAAAGAUCUGUUUUUUUUUUCAUUUAGUACUGCCCGUCAGAUGCUAAAUAAGAUUAUUACAUGUCUCCCAGAAAACAAAAUACUAACAAUUUACACCCAUCAUCUUGUUCAAAGGUUUAUAUCCCCCUGGCUCAGAAAGACCAAGCUCCCUGUAUUCAGUCUGUUGUAGAGAGCUGAGAUCUUUCGUUCAUUUUGGAGAGCUGCACAGCUUCUUGCUUCUUGAGCAUCAGUGAAUGUUUUCACCUUUUGUGAUAGUUGUGUACGAGUCACUCAGUUGUCCUCAGUGUGAAAAGAUGGAUCUCAAUGUCAUAUAGCCACUGUUGGAAAGGGGUCAAAUAUGCAGAUAUGCUGGAAAACAAAAGAAUGCGCAGGACCUGGAGGAUUUUUCUGAAGAACAGUGGGCAUUUUAACUGAUCAGGACAAACAAGGGACUCAUGAACAGCUCUCACAAAACAAAAAAGCAAUCAUAAUUGAUCCAGGCAAUGACACACGGGUGAAAUAAUUAAGAAUCAAGGGUGUGUAAACUUGGGGGUAAUUUUGAUCAAUUCAGCUAAUAUCUUGUCUUGUGAAGUAUAUGUAAGCAUCUGUUGUGUGAAAUAGCUUAUUCAGGACAGUACUAAAUAAAAACCAACAUGGGA